CCGCCCGCAGCUUUUUGCAACGACCUUUUGCGAGAUCGAGACCUUUUGGCCUGGAUAGCGAACGAGUCGAGUCGCAGGAGCCAUUGAAGACGGCAAAGAUGGCUUCGACCUCCAGAUAUGGCAGCAUGAUGCUGUCUAGAAUUGCUGCCCCGGCGCAGGCCCGCGCAUUUUCCACAUCGCUGGCUGUGCGAUUCAAUGCCUCCAGACCGCGCUUCAAUGAGAGAAUAAACCCUCUCGUCGGCAACUUCGUUCCUCCUACGCCAGCUCCUAAACCUGCCGCAGCACCAAAGGCCCAGCCCGAAACAACCACCAAGACAGCAGAGCCCAGCGCCGAAUUCACGCCACCACCCCCACCACCGCCUCCCGCCGCUGAAUCAGAAUCUCCGUCAUCGUCUGAGACUUCAAAAUCCAAAUUCCCCUACAAUGCCGCCGAGUCAUCCACCAGCUCCUUCAACUUCGACAUUGCCGAAAUCGUCGCCGCCAGAUCUGCCGCCUACGGCCAGUCCCUCAACGUCGGCGAUCCUCUCCAGCGCCCCAAGAUCCGCACCGAAGCCGUCACCGGCCGCACCGUCUUUAUCCAGGACCGCCUGUCUCCCACGUCGGCUCCUACGCCUGCCGUGGCUAUUCGUGUGCUGGAGAGGAUGUGCCGAGACCAAAAGGUCCGGAACAAGUACCACUCGCAGAAGUUUCACGAGAGAAAAGGAUUGAAGAAGAAGAGACUGAGGAGUCAGCGAUGGAGAGCGAGAUUCAAGACGGGAUUCAAGGCUGCUGUUAGCAAGGUUAUGGAGUUGAAGAAGCAGGGCUGGUAAAGGAGGGGGGAAAGGCUUGUAGAGAGUUAAGUUAUGGUCCUGGUGUAUAUGAUGAAAGAUGGGUAGGGAAGAAAAAAGGUGCGUCUGGAAAAUGCGAUGUAAGACGAACUAUAUAUACAUGUACAAUAUGAUAGAUGGAAUUGAAAACACGCCUAUAUGUAAAAUAAUAUAAAGCGUUGUUAUGAGAAGGAAAUCAAUGAAGAGAAAAGAUACAAAGGAAUGGAAAGAGAG